AUGGCCAAACAGCAAAACAGCCCCACCAUUAGGGACAAGAGCUAUUACAAGGCCACGUGGGCCCACCGGGCCUGGUUCGCCGCUGGCUGCGCCUCAGUCUUCACAACCCUCGCAAAAUCCGUCCUCAUCACGUUCUCCGAAAUUACCAAAACGCCCUUCGCCCCUUUUGUCCGGCUCCUGGCCGCCGCCGCCGCCGGCUACGCCGUGGCGGACCUCGUCUCCGGCGUCUACCACUGGGCCGUCGACAACUACGGCAGCGCCCGAACCCCCAUCUUCGGGUCCCAGAUCGAGUCCUUCCGGGCCCACCACAUCCACCCCUCCGAGAUCACGCGGUGCGAGGCCGCCGGAAUCGCCUACACGCUGGCGGCGGGCGCCGCCGCCUCCCUCGCUACGGUCAACCUGCUCUUCUCCGGCGACCCGGCCGCCCUGGCGUUCGCCGGCGCGCUCGCCGGCUGCGUCAUGUUGAGCACGGUGUUCCACGCGUGGGCCCACCUGCCGCGGGGGAGGCUUCCGGCGGCGGCGGCGGCGCUCCAGGACGGCGGGGUGCUGAUAAAGAUGUCGGAGCACAUGCCGCACCACCGGCCGCCGUAUAACGGGACGUACUGCACGGUGAGCGGGAUGUGGAACGGGGUUCUGGACGAGUACAGGGUGUUUGGCCGCCUGGAGAAGGUGGUGUACGGUCUGACCGGAGUUAAGCCGCGGUCGUGGUCGGAGCCAGUGGCGGGGUGGACUCCCAGGACGCAGGUGGAUAAUGAAAAUGAGAUCUGA